GGGUGGGGGGCGAGCUGCCAGCGCGCUGGCUCCCAAUCACAGGAGGCGGAGGCGGUGGAGGAGGAGGCCUGCCUCGAGGAAGUGCAAGAAUGAAGUUGUGGAGCUGAGAUUCCCCUCCAUCGCACCCAGCGCCGACAGGAGCCCCGGAGGCAGCCGCCCGCCCCUUCGCGGGGAGCCCUUCCGGCGCCCAGCGCUCGUCCCCUCUGCCCGCUGCCCCUCCAGCCUGGUCCAGCCGGAGCCAUGGGGCCCGAGCUGCAGUGAGGACAAUGGAGCUGGCGGCCUGGUACCGCUGGGGGCUCCUCCUCGCCCUCCUGCCCCCCGGAACCGCAGACACCCAAGUGUGCACCGGCACAGACAUGAAGCUGCGCCUCCCGGCCAGUCCCGAGACCCACCUGGACAUGCUCCGCCACCUCUACCAGGGCUGUCAGGUGGUGCAGGGUAACCUGGAGCUCACCUACCUGCCUGCCAAUGCCAGCCUCCACUUCCUCCAGGAUAUCCAGGAGGUGCAGGGCUACGUGCUCAUCGCUCACAACCAGGUGAGACACAUCCCGCUGCAGAGGCUGCGGAUCAUACGAGGCACCCAGCUCUUUGAGGACAACUACGCCCUGGCCGUGCUGGACAACGGAGACCUUCCGGACAGCGCCACCCCAGCUGCAGGGGCCGCCCCAGGGGGCCUGCGGGAGCUGCAGCUGCGAAGCCUCACAGAGAUCCUGAAAGGAGGGGUCCGGAUCCAACGGAACCCCCAGCUCUGCCACCAGGACACGAUUCUGUGGACGGACAUCUUCCACAAGAACAACCAGAUGGCUCUCACGGUGAUGGACACCAACCACUCCCGGGCCUGCCCGCCCUGCUCGCCGGCCUGUGAACACUGCUGGGGAGAGAGCUCCAGGGACUGUCAGAGCUUGACCCGGACUGUGUGUGCCGGUGGCUGUGCCCGCUGCAAGGGCCGGCGGGCCACCGACUGCUGCCACGAGCAGUGCGCUGCUGGCUGCACGGGCCCCAAACACUCCGACUGCCUGGCCUGCCUCCACUUCAACCACAGUGGCAUCUGUGAGCUGCACUGCCCAGCCCUGGUCACCUAUAACACGGACACCUUUGAGUCCAUGCCCAACCCCGAGGGCCGUUACACCUUCGGUGCCAGCUGUGUGACCACCUGUCCCUACAACUAUCUGUCGACGGACGUGGGAUCCUGCACCCUGGUCUGUCCUGUGAACAACCAGGAGGUGACAGCUGAGGACGGGACACAGCGGUGUGAGAAAUGCAGCAAGUCCUGUGCUCGAGUGUGCUACGGUCUGGGCGUGGAACACCUGCGAGAGGCGCGGGCGGUCACCAGCGCCAACAUCCAGGAGUUCGCCGGCUGCAAGAAGAUCUUCGGGAGCCUGGCGUUUCUGCCAGAGAGCUUUGAGGGGGACCCCACCUCCAGCACUGCCCCGCUCCAGCCGGAGCAGCUCAGAGUGUUUGAGACCCUGGAGGAGAUCACAGGUUACCUGUACAUCUCAGCGUGGCCAGCCACCCUGCGUGACCUCAGUGUCUUCCAGAACCUGCGAGUCAUCCGGGGACGCGUUCUGCAUGAUGGUGCCUACUCGCUGACCCUGCAAGGGCUGGGCAUCGAGUGGCUGGGGCUGCGCUCGCUGCGGGAGCUGGGCAGCGGGCUGGCCCUCAUCCAUCACAACGCCCACCUCUGCUUCGUGCACACGGUGCCCUGGGACCAGCUCUUUCGGAACCCGCACCAGGCCCUGCUGCACAGCGCUAACCGACCAGAGGAGGAGUGUGUGGGUGACGGUCUAGCCUGCUACCACCUCUGCGCCCACGGGCGCUGCUGGGGGCCGGGGCCCACACAGUGUGUCAACUGCAGCCAGUUCCUGCGGGGCCAGGAGUGCGUGGAGAAGUGCCGAGUCCUGCAGGGGCUCCCCCGCGAGUACGUGAAGGGCAGGUACUGUCUGCCGUGCCACCCCGAGUGUCAGCCCCAGAACGGCUCGGUGACCUGCUCGGGAUCGGGGGCUGACCAGUGUGUGGCUUGCGCCCACUACAAAGACCCUCCCUUCUGCGUGGCCCGCUGCCCCAGCGGGGUGAAGCCUGACCUCUCCUUCAUGCCCAUCUGGAAGUUCCCAGACGAGGAGGGCACGUGCCAGCCAUGCCCCAUCAACUGCACCCACUCCUGUGUGGAUCUGGACGACAAGGGCUGCCCCGCCGAGCAGAGAGCCAGCCCUGUGACGUCCAUCAUUGCCGCUGUGGUGGGCAUCCUGCUGUUCAUGCUCAUGGGCAUAGUCACCGGCAUCCUGAUCAGGAGAAGGCGGCAGAAGAUCCGCAAGUACACGAUGCGGAGGCUGCUGCAGGAAACGGAGCUGGUGGAGCCGCUGACACCCAGCGGAGCGAUGCCCAACCAGGCUCAGAUGCGGAUCCUCAAAGAGACGGAGCUGAGGAAGGUGAAGGUGCUUGGAUCCGGAGCUUUCGGCACCGUCUACAAGGGCAUCUGGAUCCCCGACGGGGAGAACGUGAAGAUCCCAGUGGCCAUCAAAGUGUUGAGGGAAAACACGUCUCCCAAAGCCAACAAAGAAAUCUUGGAUGAAGCAUAUGUGAUGGCUGGUGUGGGCUCCCCGUAUGUGUCACGCCUCCUGGGCAUCUGCUUGACCUCCACGGUGCAGCUGGUGACACAGCUCAUGCCCUACGGCUGCCUCCUGGACCACGUCCGAGAACACCGCGGGCGCCUGGGCUCCCAGGACCUGCUGAACUGGUGUGUGCAGAUCGCCAAGGGCAUGAGCUAUUUGGAGGAGGUGCGGCUCGUGCACAGGGACCUGGCUGCCCGGAAUGUGCUGGUCAAGAGUCCUAACCACGUCAAGAUCACAGACUUCGGGCUGGCUCGGCUGCUGGACAUUGACGAGACGGAGUACCAUGCGGAUGGGGGCAAGGUGCCCAUCAAGUGGAUGGCAUUGGAGUCCAUUCUCCGCCGACGGUUCACCCACCAGAGUGACGUGUGGAGCUACGGUGUGACUGUAUGGGAGCUGAUGACUUUUGGGGCCAAACCUUACGACGGGAUCCCGGCCCGAGAGAUCCCCGACCUGCUGGAGAAGGGGGAACGGCUGCCCCAGCCCCCCAUCUGCACCAUCGAUGUCUACAUGAUCAUGGUCAAAUGUUGGAUGAUUGAUUCUGAAUGUCGGCCGAGGUUCCGGGAGCUGGUGGCCGAAUUCUCCCGCAUGGCCAGGGACCCCCAGCGCUUUGUGGUCAUCCAGAACGAGGACUUGGGCCCUGCCAGCCCCCUGGACAGCACCUUCUACCGGUCGCUGCUGGAGGACGACGACAUGGGGGACCUGGUGGACGCCGAGGAGUACCUGGUGCCGCAGCAGGGCUUCUUCUGCCCGGACCCCGCCCCGGGGGCUGGGAGCACGGCCCACCGCAGGCACCGCAGCGCGUCCACCAGGAGUGGCGGUGGCGAGCUGACGCUGGGGCUCGAGCCCUCCGAGGAGGAGCCCCCCAAGUCUCCGCUGGCACCCUCAGAAGGGGCAGGCUCUGACGUGUUUGACGGCGACUUGGGAAUGGGGGCAGCCAAGGGGAUGCAGAGCCUCCCCGUGCUUGACUCCAGCCCUCUACAGCGGUACAGCGAGGACCCCACGGUACCCCUGCCCCCUGAGACUGAUGGCUACGUUGCCCCCCUGACCUGCAGCCCCCAGCCAGAGUACGUGAACCAGACGGAGGUUCGCCCGAAGACCCCCUCACCCCUAGAGGGCCCUCUGCCUCCUCCUCGACCUGCAGGCGCCACUCUGGAAAGGCCCAAGACUCUCUCCCCGGGGAAGAAUGGGAUUGUCAAAGACAUUUUCACCUUUGGGGGUGCUGUGGAGAACCCUGAGUACUUGGCGCCACACAGCAGGGCUGCCCCGCAGCCCCACCCUCCUCCAGCCUUCAGCCCGGCCUUUGACAACCUCUAUUACUGGGACCAGGACCCACCAGAGCGGGGCUCUCCACCCAGCACCUUUGAAGGGACCCCCACAGCAGAGAACCCCGAGUACCUGGGCCUGAACGUGCCCGUGUGAGCCACAAGGCCAAGUCUACCUUAGGCCUUGCCGAACCCACGGAGGGUGCAGAGGGCCUGACUUCGGGCCUGUGUCGGGACAAUGCAGGGAGAGGGCCCUUGGACCACGUCCAGUGGAGCCCGCCGUGCCAGGAGCCUUCCUAGUCCGACUCCCAGGUGGCUAAGGAGGGCCCGGCCUGGCUGGCAGAGGAGGCAGCCGUGGGAAGUCUUCAGUGACUCGGAGCCCCGCCCCAGCAGACACCAGGGUCCAACGGAUGAUGCCACAGCCCCCUGCAGCCUGGCUCUCUUUCCAGGUCCCUGGCACGGAAGGACUUAGGGAGGCUGGGCCCGGGAGGGGAAGAGACCCAAAGGGAGCGUCCAGGACAAAAGCAAUCCAUUCAGAGACUGUCUCUGAGUCCUAGCUCUGCCCCCAGGGAGAAGGGAGCAGUAGUGUCCAGGUCUCGUCCUUGUACAGAGUGCUUUUUUUGUUUUGUUUUUACUUAUGUGUUCUUUUUUUAAGAUGAAAUAAGCUCCUCUUCCCUAAAGUGACCAGAGGUGACCUCUGAAAAUGGUUCACUAUGCACCUGACCCAGAAAGCCCCACAAAAUCAUGUAAAUCAAGAGGUUCAAAUCUUUGUGUUCACUUUAAGAACGCUCGUGAAGCUGCCCAGGCCAUCGAGGGCAUGCCUGUUCUAAAAGUCUGCAAGUACCUGAACGAUGGCACUGGACAGAAGCAAAUGUGUCCCGUUCUGCCGAUACAAUGGUGGAGUUGGUAGGCGUGCCCAGGCCGAAGAGUGGGGCCGGACACAGGGUUGGUGACCCAAAAAAGAGUGCCGAGCUUUGCUGCACAUGCUGCAAAACGCAGAGGGAAAUGCUGAACGUUAAGGGUUUAGAGGUAGGCCCUCUAGUCUACCGAGCACAUCCGGGCGAACACAGCUCCCGAGGUGCAGCGUAGGGCUUACACGGCCUGUGAGCGGACUAACCCACACCAGCCCUCCCUGCCACGUCGACUUGUACUGAAAAACAGCAGACGGUUCCUAAACCAGAGGUUGCAAGGAAGAAAGAGAUCCCAGAAGAAACAAAACCUUAUGGCCCAGCAGUAAAUUCAGGAUAAAAUAAAUACUAAUAAAAGU